UCAGUCUGAACGCGGAACAGAGGGCGGGAUUUCAACUUUCCGAAACGGCUGUGAGAUUCAGUCCAUUCUGCUCUCAGUAGCCGGACUGUCAGUGUACUUUAUGCGUGUGUUUGACAGAAGUUUGUCUUUGAAUAAUCCGGAAAACACAACAGACUUCUUGUUUAAUCCAGACAAAGCUCCAGGACAGGGCUCGCCUGUGUAUGAGCUCUUUCCCAAAACAAAGGACCAGGCAUUUGAAUGAGAGGUGCACUUUUAGUUCAGGACAAUAAGAUAGUGCAGUCAGGAAGAAAUGCACUAAUGAUCUACUGCUGUUACUGUUGCAAACUUUAAAGAGACUGAAGACUCCUGAAAGGGAAUGGAGUAGCUCUGAACUCCUGCCUGAUUGGGGAUAAACAGCACACAGUGAGAUGCUUUGAGCAACACUGAAUCAUCCCCUGGAAAAUAAUCUGCAAGUCCAAGUUUUUCUCCAGUCUUCAGCGUAGUGAAGCUGAAUAGUAAGCUGUUUUAGUAAACCCAGGCACCGGUAGCUGGUCUGGAAUAGGAUGGAUGGGUUAGAGACUCUGUCAGGCUCUGCGCUGGACUCCAAAGCAGAGCGCAUUGCACGUUACAAAGCCGAGAGGCGGCGUGAGUUGGCGGAGCGAUAUGCCAACCUAGAGGACCUCACCUCCAAAUACACCAGGAGGGAGAGACAUCGGGACAAUGCAGAUGCUCCAGACACAGCCCCUAGCACAGAGCAGAAGCCUAAAGAGGUCACUGUCUAUACACGAGGUCAGCUUGCUGAAGCGAAUGACAGGAAAGAAGGAGAGAACGAGAAAGAAGUGCAGAGUGAAACUAACAAGAAACAGGGAACUGCAACAAGAUCCAGGCGUGGUCUGCUGGGCACAGAGGAAGUCAAAGCACCAAACGCAGCUGAUGAUGAAGAAGAUGACAGCUUUAGGACGAGUGCAUCUGCCAGGAUGUCUCGCUGUAAAGAUUUGGAGACACCUGAAACCUCGUCCAGCUCAAAGGCCAUCUCAGAGGAAACCAUACAGGAGGGUCACCGUGCCAACAGAUAUAAAGAGCCAAUCAGCACUCAGGAUAGGCCAGCUAAAGUCAGUCAGUCCUUAUUGUCUUCAUCAGCUGAGGAAGAUGAGCCAGAUGGAGAGAAGAGCAGUGAGAAGUUGGAAGCAUGGGAAGAAAAGGAAAAGGACUUUUUCAGUGACCUUGGGGUUAGUGAGAGACAGUGUACACUGGCCAUCGAGGAGCCCAACUCAGUCCCCAUGCCGGCUGUGAAGGUUGAGGAGCAGGAGCCCAAAGCGCUUUCAGCAGGCUUGCAAAGACAGGACUCAGGUCCACGUGGUCUUAGGGGCAUCCUAAAGAAAAGCCGCUCUGCCAGCCUGGAGGCCGAGCCUGUGCCGGAGAGAAGCGAAGCUCAUGCCAAAGACUGUGAGGAGAAGAAGCAGGAGGAUAGAACAGAAGAGAUAGAAGAGGAGACAAAGGUGGAUGGCGAGAUAAAGGUUAUGCAGAGGGGGAACAGCAGCUCCAGUGAUGCUCCCCGUUCACCGUCUCUGUGUACAUCUGAGGAGAGUGAGGAGUUGGACAGCAGUCUGGACAGCAGCAUGAGCUCCUCUUUCAACCAGAGACUGGCUGAGCUGACAGGUAAUGAGGAAGAUUGGCACCCUAAGCUGAAGAAAACCAAAGCCAGUGAUGUGAUCCAGACGUCCCUGGCUGACCGCUUCAGCCAGCUGCAGGACUCUGAGAAUACCUGGAAGAAGAAGAAAUCUUCAGCUGAGGUGGAGACAAAAAUGUCCCUAGCCCAGCGGAUGAAGAUACUGCAGGAGAAAGAAGAGCAGUGGAAAUCCAAAGGGAAAGGAGCUGCCAACGACUCCACACAGUUCUCUGUGGCUGGACGCAUGGCCAAGAGAGGCCUUGUAUCCCCCACUAGAGAUGAUGUGUCUGUUAUCCUCAGCAAGAAAGCAAGCCACAGCACACCAGUCAAGCCUUUAGAAGAGAUUUCCACUCGACCUGACGCUGAGGGCGACAAGAGGCUUGACAAACUGGAGUCCUUUUUAGAUAAACUUCACAGUAAAGGUGUGAGCAAUAAACCUUCUACCAUUGAGGUGAUGGAGGAGAAGGAGAAAGAGGUGAUGACCCUGGAUGAUGAUGAGACGUUUCAACGCUUUUUCAAGUCCAUGUCCCCCACAAGUCUGAGUUCAGAUUUGCAUUUGGAUGAAGAGGAGGAUUUCAGUGCUGUCCAGUUUGACUCUCCAAAGUUAACCACAUCAGUAGCAGAGCACAGGCGGUCAGUGAGGCCCUCCCGCAACACAAAAGGCUCGAGAAACCCUCUACGCGCCCUGGCAGCUCGAGACGACCUGAGACAGGCUUACACUGAGCAGAGACUCAACAUAGCAACUGUGGAGGCCAAGAGAAUCCAAGUGGAAAGGAUGGCCAAACACUCAAGACUGGCUGGUUGUGCCUUGGCCGGAUUGGCAAGCAAAGAAAACUUCAAGAAUGUAAACCUGAGAAGUGUUAAGUCCACUGAAGUGGUGACCAACAACAGCGCUGUGCCUUUUCAUAAGCUCAUGCUCAUCCACAUCAAAGGGCGCAGGCAUGUUCAGGUGCGUCUGGUGGAGCCUACAGCCCGCUCUCUAAACAGCGGUGAUUGUUUUCUACUAAUCACCCCAAAUCACUGCUUCCUGUGGUGUGGAGAGUUCGCCAACGUUAUUGAGAAGGCCAAGGCCUCAGAGAUGGCACAGUAUGUCCAGGCUAAGAGAGACCUUGGCUGUAAAGCCCCACAGGUCACUGUGCUGGAGGAGGGCAUCAAUACAAACAACCGCUCUGCCAAGGACUUCUGGAACCUUCUUGGAGGACAAACGGAAUACAGAGCCGCCGGGGAUCCAGAUGAAGAUGAACUGUAUGAGAGUGGCAUCGUGGAGGCGAAUGGUAUCUACAGGGUGGUGGAAGACAAACUGGUGCCUUAUGAAGAAGCCUGGGCCUCCAUCCCCAGUGUGAAUCUGCUCAACUCUAAAGAGGCCUUGGUGUUUGAUUUUGGCAGUGAGGUGUAUGUAUGGACAGGGAAGGAUGUGGCUCUGAGUGACAGGAAGGUGGCAGUACAGCUGGGUAAACAGCUCUGGAGCGGAGCCUAUGAUUACAGCACCUGCAGGGUCAACCCCCUGGACUCCUCUGCAGCCCAUAAGGACCUCCCUCAACAAGGUGAUGGCAGGCCAAGUUGGGCUCUGUUUGGAAGGCUUUCAGAGCACAAUGAGACAGCUCUGUUCAGGGAGAAGUUUCUGGACUGGGCCGAGCGUAAACCGAUCAAAGAGGAGCCAGCAGUGGAGGAGGUGAAGAGUCCAGUACAGCAACACUUCACUGCCACCCAGGACUCGGACCUGAAGCCGUGUGACGUUAAGGCUCUGCUGGAUGAAGGAGACAAUCCUCUGAAGAUGGUCUUAGAGGGUGUAGAUGUGCACAGAGGUUAUGGAUUGGUCAGUUCAGAAGAUGGACGGCAGGCUCAGUUAGCCACGGUGGCAGUAGACGCCUGGCACAUUUGCGAGUUUGAUGAUUUUGAGAUCCCAGCUGAGAGCGUGGGUCAGCUGCACGAGGGUGACACGUACGUCAUUCGCUGGAAAUACUCCAUCACUAGUGUGGUGGGUAAAAGACUGAAGCCUGGUGAGCUGAGUGUCACAGGGCCUGGCAGAGAGCGCAUUGCUUGCUUCUUCUGGCAGGGCCGUCAGUCAAGCGUGAGUGGGCGGGGUACAUCAGCUCUCAUGACGGUGGAGCUGGGAAACCAGCGGGGAGCACAAGUACUCGUCACACAGGGCAAAGAGCCACCCUGCUUCCUCCAGCUCUUCAACGGAGGAUUGAUCAUCCACCGAGGCUGCAGAGAGGACAGUGCCAAAAACACUGGUGGCUGGAGGUUGUUUUGUGUACGUGGGGAGACGGCAGUGGAGGCGUCUCUUCUAGAGGUGGAGUGCUGCACCGCCAGCCUGCGCUCUCGCGGAUGUCUCCUCCUCCUAGGUGUACAGCAGAGACAGCUAUACCUGUGGCAAGGCUGCAAGGCUCAACCAACAGCCCACGAGGUUGCCAAGAGGACUGUGGAGUGCCUCACGCACACCUGUUCUCCAGAGCUCGGCUUAAACAGCAACACUAAUCUGAAAGUGCAGGAGAUAGAAGAAGGCACGGAGCCACAGAGCUUCUGGGAUGCACUUGGCCAGCAGGACAGGAAAUCCUAUGACUGUAUGCUGCAAGAUCCAGGAAAAUACAACUUCACACCUCGUCUUUUCCGCCUCAGUGCCAGUUCUGGAACCUUUGAGGGGGAGGAACAACUGAGUCCUUCACGAAUGACAGGCGCUGUGAUGGCGAUGCCGUUCCUGCAGGAGAACCUUUACUCCGUCCCUCAACCAGCUCUGUUUCUGCUGGAUAACAGGAUGGAGGUGUACCUGUGGCAGGGCCAGCAGCCAGAAGAUACAGAGUGCACAGGUUCCGCUAAGAUCCGCUGGGACAACGAAAGGAAGUGCGCCAUGGAGACUACCCUGCAGUACUGCAAAGCAAAAAACACCAGACGACCCCCGCCGGCCUAUCUGAUCUUGGCUGGAGCUGAGCCCCUGACGUUCACUAACAUCUUCCCAUACUGGGAGAAAGAUCCUAGCAUCAGAGUGCAGGGGAUGAGGAAUAAAGUGAUCCUGGUAAAAGAUGCUCUGUCCAAGCUGAGUAAGAAUCGGUACUCUCUGGAGGAGCUGACCACCAGACCGCUGCCUGAGGGAGUGGACCCUCUGCACCUUGAGCUCUACCUGUCUGACAAAGACUUCCAGGUGGCUCUGGAGAUGACGCGAGAAGAGUUCAAUGCUCUCCCCAACUGGAAACAGCUCAACCUAAAGAAGAGCAGAGACCUCUUUUAGAUUUGCAAUGGAGUAUUGUCUAAAGGAAGGACAGAUUUCCUUUUGUGUGUUUAUGUGGGAAAGCAGUCCAUGUAUAGUACCAAAUGUACAGUGUGAACUUUUUACACAAUGAACUGACCUGGCAGUUUUGUAGAGACUUCUUCGAAAUGUCGAUUAUUGUAGCAAACUAGCUUUAUACAUGAGUCAAAUGGACUUUCUGUAUACCCUGAAAAUGCAAACGUAUAUCAAUUGGGAUAUUUUGUCACUUAUAUAUCAACUUGUGUUUGACUAAUUAUGUACAAGCUUGAUUUUUUUUUAAUGGGUAACACAAGUCUUUGUUUUAAGGAAAUUAUGAUUUUUAAAGACUAGCUUCCAAAAACUCCUAACUUUCUAGUCAAAAACGUUUGCUCUUAUUAGCCGUUAGCAAAACGAACUGCUUUCAAAGCCAUAGAUAUGCACGUGUGCAGUUCUGCAGUCUUACAGUGUUAUAUGUGGACAUUGGUCUCUAAUACUGUGUCUUUUCAGUAUAUGCUACCUACAUUAAUGCAAAUAACUGUUAAUAACUUUUUUGUAAUUGAAUAUAAUGUGGAGUUUAUGAAAUUAUAGACAAGUGUGUGCUUUGUGUGUUUACUAAACUCGUUUUAACCCUUCCUGCUUUAACCACUAGGUGUCAGGCUUGCUCACAUUCAAAAGACCACUGGGUUAUUAAAGCCAACAGUUUACAGAACCAGAACUGCAGAGGCGUAAUCGUGUGUUAGAGCAUUCUGAAGGUUGAGUUUAGUGUAAAGCUGUAAUAUGAAUGAAUGAGGUACUGCAGCUAAUGUUGCUUCAAGUGUGUAAAAGCAGUAAACACUCAUCUGUACUCGUCACACAGUGCAGCUGAUUUAUAUCAA